AUGGCUCCUAUUGUCGAGCUCCCUAUGGACGGACUGGCCUACCGUGGGUUCACCACGAUCCUGUAUGAUGUACUAGACUCGCUAGGCGUCCCCACAGAGAAGAUCGAGUACGUGUGCCGGGGUGACCCUAGACCCGACGGGUUCAAGGGCCACAUCAUGGUCCACCUCAAGGUCCCCGCCGGUGAGUUCGUACCCGUGCUGCGUACCUUCGAGACACUAGAGGAUCGCUACAUCAUGGAUGUGGAGAUGCAGAACCGCCGCUACCGAGACCUCCUGUUCCGUUGCGACGAGCAGUUCCUCAAGGUGGAGCGCAAGGAGGAGGAGAUGGUCGGCAAGCUCGAGGAGGAGCGCAUGGGCUAUGACAGAAUGAAGACCUUCUACGAGACCCGUGAGAAGUCACUUCGGGAGGAGAUCGCCAACCUCAAGGACAAAGUUGGGGAGGCUGAGCUUCACCACGACUAUCUUGAGUCCAAGGUGCUUGAGUGUGAGGAUCGGAUUGAGCGUCAGAGACAUACCUUGAGGGAGUUCCAUGAGAAGGAGAAGCAUCGUGGCAUUAGGAAGCUUGCCCUGGAGGCCCAUUGCAACACGAUGGAGAAGCUGGCUGUGGAGGCUACCGUCACCACCACCUACAACAUGCAUCACCUGGUUCACUACAUCAAGUGCACCAAGUACCUUCAUGACAAGGUGAACCGCCUUAGCCAGGCUUGGAUCGACGCUGAUCGCAAGCGCAUCUAG